UGGAAAAAAUAAAUUAUAAUAAUUUUCUGCGAAAUUAACUAGAAGAAGCACAGCGGCAACAUGGAGUCGGACGAUGAAAACUUUGAGCCGACGCCGAAAAAAAUAAAGCGCGAUUGGCUCAAUAGCUAUUGCUAUUCCAACAAGGUCAUGGACAUGAUGAAAAAGAUGGGCUACGAGGAUGACAAAGGUCUGGGCAAGAGCAAACAAGGUCGCCUCGAGCCGGUCAUAGCAGUGCAACAGGAUGGCCGUCGUGGCUUUGGCCUCAAGAUCGACACCACACAGUGGGCGACCGACAAAUGGGAUCCGAACAUGGAAAAGAUAGAAAUACCCGAGACCGUGGAAUGGCUGGUCAAUCGGGGUGAGACGUGCGACAACUGGACGCUGCAGCAGCUGCAGGAGCAGAUAAUGAGCGGCGAUCGCAAACUCACGCUGGACGAUGAGACACUGUUCUGUGAUCCUGUGAUCUUGCACACGAUUCUCUGCGCCAAGACCGUGUUCGAUGAUUUGAACGAUGCAGAGAAACGUCGAGCACGUGCACGCUGCAAUCCCUUCGAGACCAUACGUGGUUCCAUAUUUCAAAAUCGGGCUGCUGUCAAAAUGGCCAACAUUGAUUCCAUGUGCGAUUUUAUGUUCACACAGCCCAAGGAUCCGGCUGGUCACUCGCUGCUCAGGGAGCAUGAUUUGCUCUAUUUUGCCGACAUGUGCGCGGGUCCUGGUGGCUUCUCGGAAUACGUGCUCUACUGCAAGUCCUGGCAGGCCAAGGGCUUUGGCUUUACGCUGCGCGGCGCGAACGACUUCAAGCUGGACAAGUUCUUUGCUGCCUCGCCGGAGAGCUUCGAUGCCUACUAUGGCGUCAAGGAAGAUGGCAAUAUAUACGAUGCAGACAAUCAGCAAUCGUUGAAUGACUAUAUACGCCGACAUACGCCACAUGGCGUGCACUUUGCCAUGGCCGAUGGCGGCUUCAGCGUCGAGGGGCAGGAGAAUAUACAGGAGAUACUCUCGAAGCGUUUGUACCUUUGCCAGUUUCUCAUGGCCAUGAAGAUAUUGCGCGAGCAUGGCAGCUUCGUUUGCAAGCUGUUCGAUGUCUUCACGCCCUUCAGCGUGGGUCUGGUGUACCUGAUGUACAAGAGCUUUAGGCAAAUUUCCAUAAUCAAGCCGAACAGCAGUCGGCCAGCCAAUUCGGAGCGCUAUAUUGUCUGCAAGCAUAAGCUGCGCCAGACGCAGGUCGUGGUCGAUUACAUGAGCCACAUCAAUGAGCUGCUGGAGGCGAGCGCUAACAGCGACAUGGAUGUGCUAGAGUUGAUCAGCGCGCAGGCGAUGCGUGAGGAUGAGCAGUUUAUGGAUUAUAUCAUAAAAUCGAACAAUGCCAUAGGCAAUAAGCAGAUUGUCGGACUGCGCAAGAUUGCAGCGUUUGCCCAUGAUACCGAGCUGAAGGAGACUUGCCAGGCCGAGGUGCGCGCGCAGUGCUUGGAGCGCUGGCACUUGCCGGAUAAGCUGCGCCAGGCGCCGGAGGUGAAGACGACGGAGCGCCUGUUGGCCGAGCUGCUGCAGGAUUGGUUUAAGGAGCGCAAUUGGCUGCAGCUGCCGGCGCUGGAGCUGCUCAGCGAGCAAACACUCAAGGCCAAUAUACAGAACGUGGCCGACUGGCACUUUAUGCCCAUUGGACGUGGCGAGCUCAAUGGCUGCACGCUGUUUCUCUGCAAGAGUCGUGGCCACCUGCUGCGCUAUAGCGAGCAUCGCAAAUGGGAUUUGGUCAACUCCGGCAGCUUCAAUGUGCCGGCGCGCUCGCUGUUCUUUGGCGAGAUCGUCUACGAGCAAUGCGGCGAGGGCAAAACAUCGCAGUCCGUGCCCGCGCUGCAUAUUAUGGAUGCCAUUUGCUUGGGCGGCAUCGAUGUGCGGCGUCGUCCCUAUCUAGAGCGCGUGGCCAUGUGCAUCAAGUUUGCCCACAGCGUGAACAAGCCAUUCAAACGCGAUUGCAACUACGGCGCCAUACGCGCCAAGCCGCUCUAUCGGCUGGAGCAUCUGAGCGCGUUCUUCAACCGCAUGCGGCGCUAUGUGCUCAAGGAUAACUCACAGCGCUAUGGCUAUAUGAUGGAUAGUCAGAAGUUCUUUGUACCUGGCGGCAUUAUGCUGUUCUGUGAGCUCACCUCCAAUUAUGUGACGGCCUUUUCACGCUCGCGCCAGCAGAUUUAUUACUUCAAUACCACCACCAAAACCUCGCUGUAUAAGGAUCAGAUACAGUCCUCGGAGGUGUUUGCUUCCUUUAAAUAUUGCUACUCACGUCGCCUGGUCUGGAAAUGGACGUCCACGCUGCAGGUGGACGAGAGUGCCAGCGAGGAGCUUCCAAAGAUUUUGUAUCGCAGCGAGUUUGAGAACUUCAUACAGCGUCGACUGCAUCCGCAGCCGCAGCCACAGCCGCAUUAGUUGUAAUACUCCAUUAUUUUAGACACCACCCACCCACCAACCACCACCCACACACUCAUGCACACUCACACUUAAGUUAAUUCACAGCUUGCUGUUAACUCGUUUAAAUUUUAAGUUCACAUUGUAUGCAGGCUUGAUAGCAUUGCAAGCCGUACAAUGCGCAGUGCUGAUAACAGCGCGUUAACAUUUUAAUGUAGACAUCACAGUCACGCUAACGUGCUGUUAUCAGCAUUAACAGACUAUUUUUUUUUUUUAUUUUUACAAUUUAUUUGUAACGCUCAUACAUACACCCAAUCAAAAACACACACACACAACAUGCAUGCAAACUAUUUGUUGUUCAAAUCUGUUGAGCAAUGCUGUUAUAUCUUAACUGUUAACGUAUUAACUAUAAUAAGUUUGACUCGCACACACACAUAUAUACUGAACGCAAUAUCUUUAUUGAGUAAUUUUCCAUAGUGAAAUGUUAUAUUUUAAGUAAAACUAAAUGUCAUGUUAUUCUUCAAUUGGUUGUUAGACAAAAUAUGUUAACCAAAAUUACGUUUAAAUCUUAACUAAUAGACCUCUUGUACUUUUUGGUACAGUAACUAAAUUUUAAACAUUAAAUUGUUUGUCAAAAUAUAUAGAGCAAUGUGUGAGCUAACAUAAGCAAUUUUUAAAACUAAACUAAAAAAGCCUUGUAUUUCUUCUUUUUUUUUUUUUUGGUAACUUAAUUAAUUAGACCCUUGUAAUUUUUGACAGCGUCUACAUGUUUGUUAAAAUCU